AACAAAAUCAUGAAGGCAACAGUAGUCACACCACUGUUCUCUACAGGAAACCCCCGUCUCCGGUGAGAAAUAAGAAACACAACAGCCACAGGAUGCGCCUUGGGUCAAGGGGACGUGAAACACCAGCUGCCUCUUGGUCCUCCUUUGUGUUCACAGUGGAUGAGUCUGUGCCUUUUAGAUCCCAUCUCUACAGCUCGGGGCUGAGAUAGUAGCUCCUGAAGUGUGAGCAGAGGCAGCAGCCACUGGUCUGGCCCUCAUUUCUUGCUGAAAAAAAGCUGGGAGCCACGAUGGGGACAGCCUUGCUCCUGCUGAUCCUGCUGCUGCUCGCCCAGAUGCUGCUCAGCCCUAAGUCCUGGGCCGGGGCCAGCAAUGAGGAGGAGGAGGAGGGGGAGGCAGCUGCUGUGUGCGCUGGGACUGCCUGCUACACUGCCCACUGGGGCAAGCUCAGUGCCGCUGAGGCCCAGUUCGGCUGCAGUACCAAUGGGGGAAAUCUGGCCACAGUGAAGAGUGAAGAAGAGGCCCAGCAUAUCCAAGAAGCCCUGGCCCAGCUGCCUGAGAGGGAGACCCCAGCCCGGAUGGUCAAAUUCUGGAUUGGGCUUCAAAGGGAGAAGGGCAAGUGUAUGGACCCUGAUGACCCAUUGAAGGGCUUCAGCUGGGUGGGAAGUGGUGAGAACACAUCUUACUCUAACUGGAAUAAGGACCCCAUGAGCACAUGCAUCUUCAAGCGCUGUGCCUCUCUUCUUGUGGAUCUUUCUUCAUCUUCUCUCGCUGCUGCCCACUUGGUCCCCAAGUGGUCAGAAAGUCCAUGUGGCACAUCAGGUUCACCAGGCAGGAACAUUGAGGGCUACGUGUGCAAGUUCAGUUUCAAAGGUAUGUGCCACCCUGUGGCUCUUGGGGGGCCAGGGGAGGUGACCUACACAACACCCUUUGGGGCCACUAGUACCUCCCUGGCUGCUGUGCCUUUUGCCUCAGCAGCCAAUGUGAACUGUGGGUAUGGAAGUGAAAAAAGAAGUCACUACCUCGUGUGCAAGGAACGAAGCCCCAAGCUGUUUGACUGGGGCACCCCAGGCCCUUUCUGUGCCUCCCCAAAUCAUGGCUGUGCCUUCAACAAUGGUGGCUGCCAGCAGGAGUGUUUAGAAGGGGGGGAUGGUUCAUUCCUCUGUGGCUGCCGUCCAGGAUACCGCCUUCUAGAUGACCUGGUGUCCUGUAUCCCACGAGACCCAUGUCAUCCCAACCCGUGCAGGGGGAAGGCAAAGUGCAGUCCUGGCGGUCCUGGACAGCACUAUGAGUGUCAGUGUCCUGCAGGCUUCAAGCCCACUCCAAAUCGGCUGGAUUGUGAUGAUGUGGAUGAGUGCAGCAGAUCCCCAUGUGCCCACAAUUGUGUCAACACUCCUGGCAGCUUCCAUUGCACCUGCCACCCAGGUUAUGAGCCCCACGGCCAUAAUGGAAUGGAAUGCUGGGAUGUGGAUGAAUGUGCUGGGGAAGGCUCCCCCUGUGCACAGCUUUGCAUCAACACUGAAGGCUCUUUUCAAUGUGCCUGCCAAAAGGGCUACAAGACUGCUGGGGAAGAUGGGACCCAGUGCCAGGAUGUGGAUGAAUGUGCUGAGGCAGGAAACCCCUGUGAAAGUCUCUGCUACAAUGGACCAGGUUCUUUCCUAUGUGGCUGCCCACCAGGGUGGACUUUAGCACCCAAUGGUAUCUCCUGCAUUGCUAGCCACACCGUAUCAGGUCUUCCAGAUGGCACUCACCAGGAGAAGGAUGAGAAGGAAGGAAAGAAGAUGGAUGAAAUGGAGAAUGAGAAAGAGGAAAAGGAGAAAGAAAAAGAGAACACUGGUUCUUCUCCCUCAGUUUUGGACACAAGCAAGAAACCUGAGGUCACCCUAGGAGCUAGUGUCCCCUAUAAUGUAGCACCUACGAUGGGGGGACCUUCCCAGCAGACUAAUCCUCCCAUCACUCCAGAACCUUCCAGGCCUCCCGUAUUAAGUAGGAAACCAAGAAUUCAGGAGAUCUCCGACAUCAUCCACCCCACAGUGAUCGCCACUGAUGGAGGAUCUCAGAAAGGAGAAUCCUUGGCCAAUGGAAGUGAUGAUGACAAUGAUGAUCAGAAAUUACUCCUGUUUUAUAUCUUGGGGACGGUAGCAGCCAUCUUGCUUCUUCUGGCUAUGGCCCUGGGGUUAGUGUUCUAUCGCAAGAAGAAAGCGAAAAGGGCAGAGAAGAAGAAAUCCCCUCAGAAUGCAGCUGACUGCUACUCCUGGGUCCCUGAGCAGGCUGAGACCAGGGCAGUAGAAAAUGAGCACAGGUAAAGCCUGGCAACUUGUAGGGAGGAGAUGGAGGCAAGGGAAGCCAGCAAGGGGGAGGUGGGAGGGAAGUGUUCUUGUUAAGAGGCUAUGAACCCCAACAGAGAUCAAACUGAAGUCAGGAGACAAAGCUACCACAAUCAAUAAACAAUCUGUCAGAACUGUACUUUAAAUUAAACUGUUAGAGACACAAGGGUAUCAUGGGUAUUUUGAUAUGUAUGUAUACAUGUAAAGACUACAUAAAUGUAUAUACAUAGCUCUUUGGGCAUAUGUCCACACACAUAACUUGUAUAAUGGAUUAUGGGCAUUGAGAACAUUUGUCAAGCCAAUCUAUGUUUCAGUCUAUUGUCAUCAUUAACUUUAAACAGCAUUUUAAAAUAAUAUAUAAGCGUAUACACAUAUGUAGAUAUAUGUGUAUAUGCAUAUAUAUACACACACAUGCAUACAUACACACACAUAUAUAUGUAUAUAUAUAUAUAUGUGUAUAUAUCUCAGCAUACUUCUCAAGUUUGGAACUGGAAUUGAAGCAAACAAUGGUAAACCUGUGCUCUGGGGACACUCUUUUCUUGUAUCAUUUCUCUUCUUUUCAAAGCAGAUGAUUUGGACUUACAUCUAUUUCCUAUGAGUGAGCAACAUACCUGUACCUUUAAAACCCAGAGAUAAGGUUUGUGGGGAAUUAGAUUCUGGUACUACGUUACAUAAAUGUUUCAUGAAUAUCAGCAAUGAGCAUCCACUGUCCCUUUUCAUGUUCUGUUGGGCCUUAAUCGAUUUUCUUUUUCCAACCAGCAUUUUGUGAAGUUGCCCAUGCUAAGAAAAAAAAAGGAAGAGGCUGGGCUAGGAGAAAUUAUAUAUUUAAAAAACUUCUUCUUUUAAUCUUUUCAUUUCUUUUCAGUAGGCUAUUAGAGAAAAGCCAUUUGGAUGACAACCAUGAAUUAUUUUUAUAACAAUGGAAAUAGUCUUUCAGGUCAGAGAGUUGGUACUGAAGAGUGCACUUAAUUAACACUACAUAUGUUACCAAAUAAAUAUCUUUUUUCUUGCUUGUUUUCCACUGGUUGCAUAUUGAAGAAACUCACUGGGAUGGGCACAUAUGAAGUAAAUUCUCUUAAUAGCUAAGUCUUUAGAAGUUAGGAUUCCUCUUUCCCAAGUUGUUGGCUUUAAAGUCAUUCAGAAGCCUAUGAUUUGAGGGAGAAUAACAGAAAUUAUUUUAGGUGAAUAAAAGGUGCUAUUUUUAAAAAAUGUUUAACCCAAAGGUUUAAAAAAGACAAAUAAAAAUAUCCAAUUAAGCAAUGCCCUUGGAGAUUUCCAGAUCUGGCUAGCCAGCUACCAUGUCAGAUUUAGUCCCUCUAUCUCCAGAAAACACUGAGGCCAUGUGGCAAGCAAGACAAGAUCACAGUUCAUUAGGCUUGAACUUUAUUACAGUGUUCAGUUACAGGAUGAAUUCAGCCAGAGGACCCAUAUAUUGGUGAAUGUGGCUUGGCAAUAGGGAUAAAGUAUCAGGAGUCCUUCAUGAACAUGCUCUCAAAGGGAUUAAAGGAACCACUCCUUUUUGCUUCAGCUCUGACUGUAGCUGCCCAGAUAAGUGAUUCACCUGGGUGAUGGGCAUUCCUUUUAUACUUUUUUUUUUCUCUUUCUCUUGAGCCUGGGGCCAAUUUGGCUACUGAAGUUCAACUGGAUUUACAUAAUGUGUGUAUGCCUGUGUGUAUGCAGGGUGGGUGGGUGGAUGUCAGCUUCAUAUCUGGGACAAGAAUUUAUUUUGGGAAAUGAGAUAGGUCCCCAGGGGGUUUUCUCAAAAAUGAAUGAAAGAAAUGAGGGUAAAAUGAACUUUCUUUCUUUCUGAAAUGCUUGACUAUAAGAAUGAAAACUUACAUUACUGUCUUCCAGUUGCAAUAACUGUAUUAGAUGAUUUUGCUGAACUCUUUAUAUGGUAAAAUUUUAUGGGACAGAAAGUGCUCAUUGGGAACUUAUGAAUGUGUUGAAACAAAAUAUUCUUUAAAAGUGAGUAGAAGAAUGGAGAGAUUACAUGGUGCAAUGGAAAGGGCACACGGUUUGGGAGUCAGGGAACGUGAGUUUGAAUCCCAGCUCAGCUACCUACUAAGGGUGUUGGACUAGAUGACCUCUGGGAUCCAUUCAGGCUCUAAAUCUAUGACUAUGAACUUCUUUGCUAGAGGUUUUCAGAAGACAAACUGGCCAGUAGCUCUGACUUACGUGAACUAGCUGUAACUCAUUUCUUCACCAUUUCCUAGUGUAUCUUCCACAUUUGGACAGUGAGAUACAUAAUAACUUUGUAUCAUAAACACCUGAAGUUGAUAGGAAAUCAUAAUACAUUUGAAGAAACUGAUAGCAAGAUUUCAGUUUACCACUAAUGAAAAGUAUACUAAUUAAUAAUAGACCAAAGGUGGGGGGAAAAAAAAACCUCUAAGGAGAUAUAGGAAGACAGAUAAACAAAAACCUAAAGCUUGUCUUGCUUUCUUAGCAGGUGACUAUUUUCUCCAAUUUUCUGUCGGUACUAUAUAGCCAAUGGAAUACAUUAUUAGUCUUUAAUUUAGUAAUUCCUUCAUUUAACUUUGCUCACUUGAUUCCAUAAGGUAGUAUAAGUGAUAGUAUAUGUAGGAAAUAUUGGAAGUACUUUGAAAUUUGUUAUAAAAAUAAAACCAACAUAUUAAUUGUCAUUUGUGGUAGAUAUUGUAGCCAGGAAGUGUUGAACAAUAAUGAAGUCUGGAAUCAGUUGGAAGUUUAGGGUGGAGGCUCCGGCUAAUCUAAUGGCAUUGUAGGGUUUCCUAAAGAAAUUUUUGCUGCAUUUCACUCUUUUAAUUAAGUCCUUAAUUUUGUCAAUUAAAAAGACAAACAUUCUGAUGCAGUGAAAGAAUUCUUUAUGAAAAGCAAUACCUGAAAAGAAAGCUUGUAUAGGAAAGCUAUUUCAAAGCAGAUGUAAUUUAUAACCAUGACAUUUUAAAAUGAACCAGCUGAAAAGGCUUUUUUCCAUAUGCCAUCAGAAUGUACAGAGACUUUUGCUUCUUAAUGAUUGCCUGAUUUUUACUAGGCUGCAUGGAUAUUUGUUGGUAUCCCUAAUUAUUAGGAGGAGUCAUGUGAGCAAUUGAAAGAGAUAUAAUGUGUUGCCUGGGGCACCUUGGUGCCUUAGGCUAAUGUCUCUAAGACAUUUCAAAGUUGUUUUCCUGCUUCUAGGAAUAAUAUGUCUUAGCAUCUCUUCACAACUUGCCCAAGAGGAUCACCUAUCUUAAAGGUCAGGAAGAGUCCCAAGAAUCCUUGGAUAGUCCACAACAAGUCAAAAAAGGGAGUUGAGAAUAAAAUUACAUGCAGUAUAUUAUAAUGUUGAUGUAAAUUUCUAUUUUUAUUUUCCAAGGAGGAAAACUGAGGGAAAGGAUAAGAAAGGAAGAUGCAUUUCAUGUAGUGCUUCCAAAAGUAGCUUUGGAUGGUUUGGAGGCCACUGAGAUUUCUAUUAAUUUUCAGAUAAGGUGGUCCAACUCCUCCAUGUUGUUGCCAGUAUUUUAUUUUUUUAAUUUUUUUUUUUGGUGAGGCAAUUGCUGUUAAGUGACUUCCCUAAGGUCACACAGCUAAUAAGUGUCAAGUGUCUGGUCUGAGACUGGAUUUGAACUCAGGUCCUCUUGACUCCAGGGCUGCAGCUCUGUGCCCUGCACCACCUUGCUUCUCCUUGUUGACAGUAUUUUAUAAGUGGACUUUACAGUUGCCAUAGCUAUGUGGUAAAAUCAAAUUGGCCAUGGUAAAAAAAGAUUUUUGUCAUCUGAUAUGAAAUUAAUAGCUUGAUAAUUCAACUAUUCAAAGCACUGAAAUAGAUGGACCAAUUUCACUAGUGUCCUGAUUCUGUACUCAUGUUAGAAGGAACAUUCAAUUCAACAAUUGUAAUUUGCACCACUUCAAACUCUUAUGUUAAAUCAUUUGGAAAUAAUGACAUUCAUUAUACAAUGAAGGAAGAUUUUUCACUGAGAGUCCUAUCACAAUUAGUGCCUUUGAUUAAGCUCCUAGAAAAUUUUGAAUUUGCUGAAAUGAGUUAUAUACUCAAUUGUUAUCACACAUUUUAAUAUAUUCAUUAUUGUAAACUAAUGGAAUAUGAUACAGGACCACCCUAUUUUCUGAUUUUCAGAACAGUGGUUAGGCUAGCACAAACAUAUAGAAGGCAGCCUAAAAGUUUCUGUGAGGGUUUAUACAUCUAUUUCUAUUACCUGGCUAAAGAGGGACCAUUGAUUUGCCCAGUAGAGUUAAAAGGGAGAGAACUAAGCAGGUAAAUAGACUACUUCAAACUCCAUACAUGGCCAUAUCCACUAGGCUUCCCUUUGAGUAUUUAAUUCUAUCUCAAUGCAGGUGUCCAUUACCAUGAAGUAAGUUUUGGACUAAAAGAACAGAGCCUAGAAGAAAUCAAGCAAUUAAAAAUUAUGCCAUGUACCUAAAAUAGUAGUUCCUUCUACUCUUCCAUUCUUUAUCCAUUUUCUUGGUUUCAUAACAAUUUGUAUUUGUGUGGGGGAGGGAGACAUUAACUGACCCUGAGCAAACAUAUCAAAGUUUAGUGUAACAAUCAAUCUAUGUUACUUUAUGAUUUCAAGUGGUUUCAACUCAAGAAACAUUUGUUAGGUGCCUACUGUGUGUAGGGCACUGGUUGAGACCCAAUCAGGAAAAAUGAGUGGACACACCAUGAUGAAUAAAGCUUUUUAGUUCUAUCAAACCCCAAAGUUAUUUCUGCUCUAUGAGCUAACACGUUUUAUAAUCUUAUUAAGUAAUAUUGGGUAUAUUAAAGAUAGAUAUUUGUGUCUUCUAAGCCUAUGAUCAAGGGAAUAGAAGGAAGGAGACCAGAGUUGGGGAACUGGCAGUAGGAUAGACACCAGUGAAAGGGUAUAUCUUGCUGACUAUACAGACUUGGGGUGGAAAACUGUUGGAGGGGUUUGUGUCUAUAACUGAACAUAGUACUGCUCCGCAGCAAUAAAGCAGAUAAUUUAAGAGGAGCAAUUUUUUGCAUACAGAAAUAUAUGCCAUUAGUGACUUCUUUAGUUCCAUGUGAAAAUUCUUAACUCCUCCCUACCCCAUUCCUCAUUUCUUCCCUUCCCCUUGGGGAGUGGGAAGGAUGGUGGAAGUUAAAAGAGCAAAAAAAAAAUACCUCUCAUGGGCUUAGGAGUGAAGGAGAACUAAGAGCAGGAUAAUUAUAUGAAGUGUCAAUUAUGUUUUCUGUCAUUAUUACAGACUAGCAAAAUGCUUUGUGGUUUCUUUUUAAUUAUUCUUUAUAGCCCCAAUAUACCCUAGUUCAACCAAAUGAUUUAAAGGCAAAAUGGAGCCAUAUCUGAUUCUUGGCUUCAGUUUAUCAAAGAUCAAUCAUCUCAGUCUUAAUUCCAUGAUGUUGAAUGUUGUGUGCGUGUGUGUGUGUGUAUGCAUUUUAUUCUAACUGCAGUAAGUGGAUGAUUUAAGUAAUUCUUAUUUCAGGCAGGGAAAUGGACUAAAUGACCUCUCAGAGUGAAUUCUAGCCCCAAGAUUCUGUGAUUCUCUACAGGGUUAUUGUUAUGUAAAAAAAGAAAGGAGGAGUGUAAAUAUUGAUAAUUUUAAUGUCUACUUCUAAUUAAUUAAGCAUGAAAUGUUUACUUUGGAACAAAAAUGAUGCACAUAUAUGAGUAGAGGUUAUGCCCUUUCAUUGUGAGUACAUUGUAAGUCCUUGGAGAGCAGGGAUUUUGAUAAUGUUCAUUUUUGUACCCCCAGUGCUUAUCACAGUACCUUACAACUAUUGGGCUCUUAACAAAUGUUGGCUGAAUUGGUCAGUCUAGUAUUCACCUUUUUCCCCUUAAUGCAAAUGUACAGUUGACUGUGCUAUUCAACUAUCCUCUCCCUGCUAUUAAUACAGUCUUAUUUGUAAGAAACCACAAUGCCUUAUUAUAUAAGAGCUUUUAAAAAGGAAUAUGGGUAUUAUUAUUAGGUACUUAUUGUCUCAGAACUUACAUGCAUGUGGAUAUUUCAUAAUAAUAGCUCAGAGACUGAAAUUGGAUAAAAACAUCGGUGCAAUUCCAAAGAAACAUAAUGGCCCCUUUAGCACAUGUAGGAAAACCUUUUCCUACUUUUUUUCCUUCUAAACCUCUUCCUAUUUUUCUUUCUUUCUUUGGUUUUCCAUUGUAUAAUGAAGAAAACAGGAAAGCACUACUGUCUAGCUGUAAAUGUUUUUUAAUAGGCUGUACCUACUUCCUUCACUUUUCACAGUGAAAGAAAUGGUGUCUUCAGCCUAGGAAUCUGAAAAAGAGAGAGAGAGAGAGAGAGAGAGAGAGAGAGAGAGAGAGAGAGAGAGAGAGAGAGAGAGAGAGAGAGAGAGAGAGAGAGCCCUGUGAGCACUCUUCCUUCUGGCUCCAAGCUCAAAUUCUUGAAAUGUGGAAAUCUUUUAGAGUUCAUUUCAAUCAGCAUCUGUCAAUUUAGUAAUAAUAAAAACACUCAGUUUUCACUUGAGGACAAGGUAGCCAUUUUCACACAAGAUUUCACAAGACUCCUGAUUUUUGUCAUUUCUUGAAAUUUUUUUUUUCUCUAAUAAAUUUUAUUUUGGUCUCUGUUGUAUAUAUAUAGGGCACAGCAUUCCUUUCUAGCUUUGUUAAUCUUAUCUGCCAGGCAUGGAGGAUUUCCUUCACUUACCUCAGCAGAUUUUACUCCUUGAUUUCCCUUUUCUAAUGUUUUUUUGGUGCCAUUUUGACUUAAUCUUGAGCAAAAGACACAAAACAUCUUGGUUCAGCUCUGUCUGAAAUAAUUGAGAAUGGCAAUAAUUAAACCAAAGGUUUUUUAAAAAAUGUAUAUUUCAGUUAUGUAUGUCUUACUAUCCAAGGGUCAUGUGCAGGGUUUUUUCUCUGUGUUAAGGGGAAAUCUAUGCAUAAAUACUUCACCAGUUGUGAUUUAAAAAAAAAUACUUGAUUCAUGUGCAAUUCAGCAGAAGCGAUGCCAAUCCAGUGAAGUCAUGUAUCAUUGUUAGCUUUUAAUAAACAUCAGCUUUUUCUUUUUCUUGUAUCGCAAAUGUAAAGUUGGCCAUGCCUUCUGUUGCCAACAUAUACUAAUAAAAUUGGAAAUAAAUGUAUUGUGGACUUGAUUUAAUAUGUUUGAAAGGACUAUUGAAAUAUAUUGCAAAGUCAUGACUUAUGUUAAAACCAAAAGCAUUGAUAGUUAUUGUGUAUGUUAUGAUAAAGAUGGUUCCAAAGCUGCUA